AUGUGUAUGACGUUUACUUACCGCUUGCUGGGAAAAGGUCCAGAACUUGAUAUCUCAGUUGAACCGAAGAACAUGAACAAGGAACAACUCUGGUUGGUCAAAGAUUCGCAGAAUGAUACAAUUUGGAAAACUGGACAAGUCUCGUUGGGGCUUGUGACGGAGUUUAGGGUACGUAAACCUUUAUAAAACUUAUAUAAAGACACGGUGAACGCCCGUUCUUAAUUUUCAGGUUGCAUUAUGUACUUUUAGAAUGCAUAGAUGGACACCCUACAAAAGCAAGGGUAUAGCAAUGAAGUUAACGCGCUUCAUCUUUGUUGAGGUCCGUUAAAGUUGGCCCGUAGCUACUUGAAAAAUGUUUUCCCAUGAGACCUUGGAAAAGUAUUUUUCAAUACGGACCUCCAAGCCGGUAAAUAACACAUAUAUAUAUAUAUUUGUGCUUGCCUAGUGAUAUUUUUUUAUUUCCUGCAAUAUGAUUGGCUGCAGGAGCGGGUAGCUAUUUACGAUAUCUUGACCGUGGUCCAAAAGAGUUUUUCCUUAGCGACAAACAGAGGCGUGAAGACCAUUUUCAAACAAAAAAAAAACCGAAAAGUUAAAAAUCGAAUCUAUCGAUACUAAAGAUAGCACUGUCUCCCCCACAUUUGAGAGUCACCGACCCACGAAAUGCAUUUUUCAAGCAUGUUUAUACUGUAAAACGAUUAGGAAAAUCAAUAAUUUUAAUUUGUUUACACCUUCUGUAUUACCUUGUUGAGUAGAAAAGCAUCCAUUGUAUUGAAACUAAAGUCUAAUCAGCACGGUAAGCCCUGGGUACUAAUUCCGCUCAGCUAUUUCCAUGCAACCGAGGAAAGGAAAGCAUUAGCGAAGUCUAAAGUUUUAUCAAUAAUCGCGGGCGCGCAUCGCUAUGGUUCAUCGUGAGUGGACCUCCUCACUGAUCUAAAACAUAUGGCCGUUUGUCAGGAGUGCUGUAAGCAAGAUUUCAAUUUUCAAAAACAUCGUUUCAUACAAUGAGCUUUCAAGCAAUUUGAUUUUAAAUAAAACAUGAAGAAUUGAUUUAUCGCGGGGAAAGAUGAAAUAUAGGGCAAGUUUGCUUUGAAUGUUCAAUGUUUAUGAAUAUUGUUUCUUUAACUUUUUGCGUGAAACAAUUCCUGUUUAGUGUAAGAAAAAAACUUAACUAAAUGUAAAAGAGAGUAAAUUAAUUUCAAGACCGAACUGAAAUUACUCAAUAAUUUGAACUUGGUGUGUAAGCAGUUUACUUGAAUGAACAUUUCAAAACAUUUACGAAGUGUUUCAGAUUAAAUUUUAUAUUACACAAAAUAAUAUGCCUACAGUAAAUAUUUUGGAAAUUAAUCGUUGUAUAUAGCUAAAAGUACUAAACUUCAACUAUUUUUUCUAUUUUAUACAAAAAGUAUAAAAAUAUGUCGUGUAUGCUGUGGGCCUGUGGCAACACUUGAGUUGAUGCGCAACGCAAGCCUGCGUUUAGUUUUGGCCAACUACUAAUAUUUCAUGUUAAAUCAAUGUUUGGAAAAUAUAGGCGAGGGGUCGCUGCAUCCAUGCAUGUAUUUCUAGUACUGUUAUUUAAAAGAUUAUAUAUUGCACAUACCAAAAAUGAUAUUUAGGGUUAGGUUCUCUUUAAGCCUACUACGGAAGGCCGCGAGGUUAGGAUAUGUGUAAUCUUGCUCAGAUUUGAAAACGUAUGCGAGUAGAGUUGUAAUUGAUUCGCUCUUGUACUUCAAACCUUUCAGGGAUUUUCUCCAAGUGCUCCAGUUUUCGUCCGUCUCCAAAAACUAACUCUUCUAUCUUUCUUGUACUCUGUGAUCAGACAUGGGUCGUAUAUGGUGGCAGGCAGUGUCCUCUUUUCAACCAGACGUCUUUUGCAGUUCGAAGGAGAUGCCAAAAUAUUUAAUAUGUACAAGAACUUGUGGAUGAUGCUCGUUAAUUAGACUCACUAUCUCAGGGGUGAGAGCGCUGUAACGGAAUCGUAGGCCUAGGGCGGCAGGUUCGAUUGCUUCUCGACGACCUGCGGUUGCAUGUUUUGUAGCUGCUUCCGGCCUGUUCUAAACUGUAUAUAAUUUUAGCACGAAAUUUCCAUCUACAAAAUCCCUUCAGUAUCCUAAAAUCUUGAUUAUAGCACAGGCCAUACCUUUUAACUUAAUUUUAAAACAGGCUUCAUACUACAAGGUAUGACGUACGUAAGAUGGAACUCUUACAUUUUCACAGGUUCAUAUCAAAGCAACUCAAAGGUAUAAAUCUGAGGUGAAUAUUGAUAAUAUUUUCUUUAUGGAAGGCUAUUGUGAUCCUGUUCCAGCAAAUGCUCAAGGUAUGUCACGAUAAUACAUUGUUUUGAAUACUAUUUGGUCCCAUUUUCCUUCAAGAAGCUAGUGUAGUUCGGGACUGAAACGUUUUUUGUGGAUCCACUAUCCUUUAAUUUCGUUCCUAUCUUAAUUUACUUACCCCUCCAAUCUGUGAAAUAUAUCGUCAGCUCUCCGUUGGGAAUUAUAUGAUUAAAUAGAUGGCUACUCAAUUCGUAGUGGUGAUUCGGUCUUGAGAUUAAGGCAUUAAAUCUUGGGGUAAGAUUAAAUAUUGUUUCUUAGGAUCUAGUUAAUCCAGUCUUACAAUUAGGAUUCAAUGACUCACCCUUUGAAUUCAUUGAAUCAAUGUUUCAGUCUCAGGAUUCAAUAAUUCAAUUUUUGGAUUCAACGAUUCCAUCUUAGGAUUGCAAUGAUUCAUUCUUUAGAUUCAAUAAUUCGAUUGUUAGAUGCAAUAAUUCAAGUCUUAGAAUUCAGGAAUGAUUGAAUUUUAGGGUUCAAUGAUUCAAUUCUUAGAAUUUAGUGAUUCAAUCUUAGGAUUCAAUGACACAAUGUUAGGAUUCAAUGAUUCAGUCUUAGGAUUCAAUAAUUCAAUUUUAGGAUUUGAUGAUUCAAUAUUAGAAUUCAAGAAUUCAAACUUUUUUUUAUAGAAUGGCGAACCUCUAUAUCUGACAGUUCCUCGGGAUACAUUACUUCACCCUAUUAUCCCACAUUAUACCUAAACAACAUGAAGAGAAACUGGAGGAUUGAGGUGCCCGAUGGCCAACGUCUAAAACUGGAUUGGUCAUAUCUAAAUUUGGAACAUCACAAACAGUGUAAAAGCGAUUCAGUAAUUAUUAAAGACAGCCGCAGAUCCCGGACAUCCACGUCUUUCUGCGGGUACGAACUGCCACCCACGUAUUUAGCUCCAGGCAAUAAAGUGAUUGUGGGAUUUCAAUCAGACGAAACAAAUGUCGGGACAGGUUUUAAACUUCAUUAUCAGGCCAUUCCAGGUACGGUAUAAAAAUAGGAUUAAAACCAAGGCCACAUAUUAGUGAAAACAGUGGGGGAGCUGGCAAAAACUUCAGGGGAGGUUCAGCCGUCUAUCUCACUGCCCCCAUGGAAUGUUUGAGCCUAGAAAUUAGAACGCCCCUCCUAAAGUCAACAACAUGAGGUGUGCAUGCAGUACUGUACAUAUGUAUCAGUAUAUGUAUGUAUUAUGACUGUCCGACUAAUCCAGUUUUGCCCUUUUUCACAUAACUACAACGCCCCUUUCGAAACAUUAUAUCUGAUACUAUAAAAGAUCUAAAAGUAUCUAUAAAAGAUACUUGACACAGCGAAUCAGAGAUGGAUGGCUAUCAUAGUUUCAUUUUUACAGAAAAACAUUCUUGUAAAGUGUAGACUAAGAGCAAUUUAAACAAUUUGUCAAAUUUUCAUUUUGAUCUAUCGUUUAAAUCAAUCUUCCUCACAAAGGGAAGUGCAUGACUUUUAGGGGAGGUGCAAAACGAUCCAUAGGGGAGAUUCCUAUACCUCCCACGCCGCCGCUUAAAAUCCGGCCAUGAUUAAAACGCUGACGUUGUGAAGGAAGAAAAACGGAUAGUGCUCUCCCGUAUAAAAGUUCAGUUCAGUUGAAGGUCCUUCCUUUAGUGACACUGGUGUUGCUGGUCAAUAAGGAUUGGGUGUAAUUUGAUUUUCUAUGAAAAAAUGUUAGUUUAUAAUUUAGACUCCCUAGUUCCUACUGUAGUAGCACUAGAAAAAUAGAGGAUAGCAACUGAUAGCUAUCUAGUUGAUAAAUUUGUAAACAAAAAUUACGUCGGUUAAAAAAGGUGAGAGAUUCAAAUUUUCUCUGAUUUGCGCAGAAGUCCAUUUUACUGUUAAAGUUUAAUAUUGGAUACAUAGCCUUGACUAGUCUUUGAGAACUCGUUUUCCUCUAAACGAUUUUACCUGUAUUUGUGAUCAUAGUCAAUGGAAUAAGAAGGUUAGGAAACUCGAUGCAGACAUAAUAGUCUUCAUUAUCUAUGUUUUUGUUUUGGUUUAUGUAAGAAAUUAUCGGUUCAUCGUCACGUGUGUAUUGUAUGUUCGCCAGAGGAACCUGUGGCUAUAUUUGUAUUUAACCAUUGUGUAAUAUCACGACCGGGUAAUUAAACCAGCACACUGCUAUUGGUUGGUUGUCAAAAAACAAUACGCAUGUGACGAUGAACCGACCAUUUCGUGCAUAAUUGACCAAGACAAAACAUAGAUAAUGAGGUCUAUUGUUGAAAAAAUAGAGGAUGCGUAGCCAGGUCGAAACAUAAUUUAUUUAUUGAACGUUCUCUGACUAAAUAUUUAUUUCUACGAGCUUUCGGCUAUCAGUCUAUAGGCUUCAACGGGUGUAUACAAAUGAUUCUAUAAAGGACGCUAAACCUAAGUAGGUAGUAUGAAAUAUGAGACUAUCUAUGCUAUGUUACAAAUGAGGAAUAUAAAUAUUUAAUUAUGUUUCUUGAGUUCCUUUCUUAAAAGUAUUGUGUAUUGUGCUGGAAGCGUAUUAGAGUUAUUAUCAGCUUCGUCUGUUAGUGCAGUGUGCCAGGACUCUAAGGUUUUAAGGUUCCUAUGAUUUCCCUUGUCUAUUACUUUAGCAUUGGCAAAGUCAAUUAUAUGAUCUUGAGUCCAUGCGUGUUUCGCGACAUUUGACCCCUUCUUGCCUUGUUUCACAUUCCUUACGUGUUCGGACUUACUCGUCUUCAGGGAUCUUCCUGUUUCGCCUAUGUAGCUCCAACUGCAAUCUUGACACGGUAUCUGGUAGAUCACGUUCUUUUGUUCUUCUGUUGGUGGUUUCUGUUUUGCAGAUGGAAAUUGGCGUUCGAGGGUUUUCAUUGGCUUAUUAUAAAAUUUAAUGUCAUGUUUUUGGAGUGUUCUGGCAAUAGAGGUUCGGUUAGUCCAUUGAUAUAUGGUAGAACCGAAAUUCCUGCAGAUGGCGCCUUUCCUUCAACCAGUUCGAAAAAUGACCGGACUAACUCUUCAGGACUUACUACAGUUUUGUUCUUAUGUUUUUUGAUCAAUCCUGAAAUUAAUUUCUUCGGAUAACCAUUUGAUGUCAGGACUGUGGUUACAUGAUUUAGUUCUUUUUCUUUGCUUUCGUUAGUGGUAGGAAGUGACAAGGAUCGGUUGAUAAGUGUUGUUGCAGUACUAAUUUUAUGCUUUUGGUCGUGGUGUGAUAGGUAGUUUAAGUAACGGUCUGUGCAUGUGAGUGGGUUUGCGGUAAACGUCAAUAAAAAUUAAGCCGUCGUUUCUAGAAACUAAUGUGUCAAGGAAAGCGAUAGUGAAGUCAAUGUGUGGGUCAAUGGAGUUUAGUGUGUCAUGAAAAGAUGAUACGUUAGUCUUUUUUAUUAUGGAAAAACAAUCGUCUACAAAACGUUUCCAAACUUUAGGUGGUGAAGUUGCGUCUCGGAUGGCCUGUUCUUAGUUGUUCUUCUAUCACUUCCAUGCACAAGUUAGCAACAAUCGCGCUAACGGGGCUGCCCAUAGCACAUCCAUGGAUUUGUUUGUAGGUGGUGUUGUUGUAAACGAAAAAACUGUUAGAUAAAACAAAAGAUAAAAGUCGAAUAAUGUCGUCAAUGUCAAGUUGAGUUCUGUCCGGAAGUGUCGGAUCGUUUUCUAAUUUCGUUCUAAUAUAUUUGCACGCUUUGUCAACAGGAAUGGCUGUAAAAAGUGAAACGACGUCAAAUGAAAUCAUAGAUUCGUCUUCGUCUAUGGUAAUGUUGGAAAUUUCGUUUUUGAAUUGAGUAGAGUUAGCUACUGAGAAGCCGUUUUUGUUUUGUAGUGGAGAAAGGAUUUUUGUAAGGAAUUUGGAAGUUUUGUAAAGAGCUGAGUCGAUACAUGUAACUAUAGGUCUAAGUGGGUAACCUACUUUGUGAUGCUUGAUGGAGCCUCUGAUGGCUGGAGGGAUUGCGUCACUUGAGUGUAGCUUGCGGUAGGUAUUCUCGGCAAUUUUCUCUUGAUUCUUUAGGUUAAGCAGCAUGGCAUUUAACUCUCGUUCUACUCGUUUGAAUGGUGGCUUAGGUAUGAUAGCGUAGGUCGUUUCAUCGAGUUUCCUAACCUUCUUAUUCCAUUGACUAUGUUAUGACGUACCAAACAAAGUACAAAAAUCUGUAUGAAAUAAAGUAGAAACAAACAAUCGAUCUCAAUAUUUGAAAAAAACGAGACAAUAUUCAUUAGACAAGUAGACCACUUCUAUUCUGAGUUUUUUCCUGUUUUAUGACACAAAAAGCUAUCAUUAAAAGAUUUUACUUGGGUUGUUUUUGUACAUUACUGAGAUUUUACUUUUAAUUUUCUUUCCUGCAGCUGACUUCUUUGACGACUCUUGUGAAAAUAAGGAGGUUUCUGGUAAGAUUUUGGAGUUGAAAAUGUCUAAUCUGUCAACAGGAACUGCACCUCAUUGCGCCCUAAACGUGUAUAAAUCUCACAGCUUGUCAACAAGAUGUGUUCCAUUGUUUGUUCCCAGCGACGGUAGCGACUUGCUACAAGUUGCUCCAACAAGUCCGAUAAUUUAUCGUCUGCACGUAACCAUUGUUAAUUAAAACAAGUUGAUGACACCAAUAUCGUAGCAACUUGUUAGAAACAGCCUGUAUUAAUCUUGUUGCAUGGACAACGUGUAUACCUACGUGUAACAAAUCUGUCACCGUCAUCAACCUGGUAACACUGCAUGAGAUAACAAUUUACUCCAGACUUAUGACACAACUGGCAACAAGCAAUGCGAACGUAUGUUGAUAUGAGCCUGAAAACAACUUAUUUACAGAUCUAUAUAACAUCUUGCUCGUGUUUAUACUCUUGUAACUAGUAUUUUACGAGUUAUGAGUUAUAUUUGAUACAUUUAUUGAUCAUAAAGCCAACAUGGCUGCUGUUUUAUUGUCUUGUAUCUUUCCAUACGGAUUGGUUGCAAUCCACCUAUGUCUAGUUUAAUAGCCCUCUAUUAGACUCCGAGUUAUGGAAUAGACAAGCAAAAUGUGGAAAUUAUUAUAUUUUUCCUAGAUUGCCAUCCUAUGGUGCAAUGCUCCUACAUCAGAUCAAAUAAAUCAAAAGUAUUUGUUGAAGCUCUUGAUCUUAUGAUAAUUCCAGAGUACUUUCCAGCCCUUACAACUGCAAUGUAAGAAUAAAAUUUUCGAAAUACUACACAAUAACGAGAAAGCUUUGAGGUGUAUCCGCCGAUAAUAAACAGUUCGUCAUUUUUUUUACUUUACAGAGAUUUUCAUGACAAUUUUUUAAUCAAGCUGGGUGCAUACUGCUUUGAAAACCUAACACAGUUGGAAUAUCUGUAAGUACAACUAUGCAUGAGUUUUAUAUGAAAUCUUUGUGCUUUCGGCGCUUUCCGUGACACUGUCAGACCGGUCUAAACUUGCCAGAAGUCUGCCUUAAAAGGUUUUUCUCGGUUUUUCUCAGGGGCGAGGACAGCACCAGCAAAUAUAAAUUGACACUUAGCCAAAAUAUAAGACAUAUUUGA